GCUCACUCUUUAGAUACGCAGCGUGACUGAAGCUGCUUGUCGCUCGUGGUUCUUUUUGUUUGGCUGAAAGGCUAGGAGCCACUUUGAUCGAAAUAGGUCUAGCUGAAGGUAGGACACGUACCUACUGUGUGUAGUACAAGAUUCAAAAAAGUUCUGACGCGUUCAAACGAACAAAGACAGAUCUCGUGAUGGUCCCUAGAGAACAAAAAAACAAGACAGACAAACCUCCGAAAUUUCGUACACGCUCUCGAGGACGAUCCAGUGCGGGCUCCUCAAAGGAUCCGAAACAAAAUCAGUAUUCGCUUUCGAUCAGGAUAUGAAUCACCUGCUGUCAUCGAAUUUGUGGAUCCAUCGAAAAAUCCUGCUGCAACCCUGUUCCUUAAGAAUCGUGUAUUUCUCGAUGGUUACAACACAGUGAAAUAAGUAGUCUAGACAAGCUUUAUACUUGCGCGCAAACAUCUCUCAACUACUUUCACUUCAGACAUCGACACCUUGACAUCGAUGAUUUUUUGAACGUUACUUCAAAGUCGAAAAUGGGAGUGAAAAAGAAAGUAAUGAAGAAAGGACCUGCUGCCGCCAGCAAGCAGGCGAAUAAGGUGGAAGAUGCAACGACUCCCGCAGUCAAGGGAAACAAAGCAGGCACCACAACAUCGAAGCAGCAGCCAGCAGUACCUGUGGAAGAAAAAUCAGAAGAUGAGAAGUCGGAGCCCGAAAACGAUGACUCUGCGGAUGAGGACAGCGCAAACGAGGACAAGGAGGACGACCAGAAUGUUGAUGCCGACGCAGCUACCACUGUUGUCAGUAAGAGCGACGAGGAACAAGAAGCCUCCUCUGACGAGGAGGAGUCGUCUGAGGGAGAAAGUGGUGAGAGCGCCACAGCAUCUGAGGAGGAGGCAGAACAAAAAUCCUGGGACGAUCUGAAUCUCGACCGGCGACUGGUGCAGCCUCUGAGCGCCAUGUUCGAGCGGCCCUCGGCCGUGCAGUGCGCCAGCAUCCCGGCGGCGGUGCAGGGGCGGGACGUAUUGUGUAACGCACGGACGGGAAGUGGCAAGACGAUGGCGUUUCUUGUCCCGAUGUUGCAACGCAUUCUCGAUGAAACGGUGGGAGGCCCCUCCACAAGUUCCUCGAGUAGUUCGAAGCAAACGAAUUCGUCCGACGCCAAAACCCUCCGUGGCGUCGUCCUGGUCCCCAGUAAGGAGCUGUGCCAGCAGAUUGCGGAAGAAGCCGAGAAACUACUCGAAUUUUGCUACGACAAGGUCUCCGUCGCGGCGUACAUCAGUGGGGAGCCGUUCCAACGCGCCGAGUUACCGACCGUACUUGUCACCUCGCCCACCGGACUGUUGCAGCUGCUGCAGUUGCGCACGGGCGACAUUCAGAGCGUGCUGCGGUCUCUGAAGUCCUUGGUGAUUGACGAGGCGGACUUGAUGUGCGUUUACGGGUACGAAGAAGCGAUCAAGAUAUCCUGUGUAAAAACGUCUCCACCCCAGAGUUGUCAUGCAAAUCUGCAUGCUCAAAAUGUUUGUCAUGUGGAGCUCCAUGCGAAGCAUUUACUGGUCGUGUUUUGGAAUUUGUAAUGCGCCAAUGAGCAUGACAUACUAGAUCUGUGGUGCUGCUGAACUACCUCAAACAGCACUACACUGCGAUUCCAAAUUUGUCAUGCAAAGCAGCCAAAACUCGUGGACUUGUCUAGCCGAUUCCCCAUCUUGACUAUGGGGUGGGGACGUUUUUGCAUAUGAUACAAGAAACUGAAAACCUACUUGCCAACAGCCCACUUCCAAACCUUUCUCUGCUCCGCAACGCUAUCCGAAGAGGUAUUACUACUGCGACUUUAUCUUCAUCGUUUUUUGCUUGAUUCUGUGUGGUUAGGGUUUUUCGGAAUUUAGAUCCUGUUUGAAGAAAUUAUCUUAACAAAUUCAGGUCGAGUCCCUGACCAGUUUGCUUCUGCACAACCCGGUCCGAAUCGACAACCCGCUAGACGAGGACGACCCGGUGUUCAACCGGAAGUUGACGCAGUUCUACCUCCCGCUGGACCUGAAGCAAGACAAGCUUCUGACCCUGUACUCCUUCUUGCGGCUGAAGAUCGUCAGCGGCAAGAUUUUGAUCUUCGUGAAAAACCUGCAGAACGCGUACCAACUCAAGCUCUUCCUCGACAAGUUUGCCAUCGCCAGCUCGGUGUUGAACCACGAGCUGAGCUUCGAGAGCCGGCAGAACGUGAUCCAGAGCUUCAACCAGGGGCUGACCAACGUCUGCAUUGCGACGGACGACGGCUUUGACGUGUUGGAUUUCGGCAAGAAAAAGAAAAAGUCCUCACAAAAGAAUGCGCGUUCCAAGAACGUUGACGAUAACGAAAGCAAGGCAGAAGACCACAGCGACGAGGAAACUUCCGAGGAAUCGCUCGACAUGGAGUACCGGUAUGCAAGUUCUUCGGAAUCGGAAGCGGGGGCGACACUGAAUCCGAAGAAGAAGGAGCGACAGAACUCAACGCUGAGCAUUCAGCUGGGCGACCCGGAAAUCGGUAGAAACCACGUCCCGUCGGCAAAAAUUGCUAAGUUGAAGGAGGAAAACGCGCGAAAGGAGCAGCAAAGGGAAAAGCACCAGGCGGCGCUGAAGCGAAAACGGGAAAAGGAGGAGGAGGACAGCGACGAUGGGGACGAUUUUGACAGCGAGGAAGAAGAGGGCGACGACGAGCUCGAGGAAGAAGAUCUCGACAUGGAAGAGGACGGAAGCGACAACGACGCUGCAACUUCGGGAGCAGAUCCAGAUGACGGCGAAUCAGAAGAAAAUGAUUCUGAGGAGGACAUUUCAGAGGAAGAGCAGGCGAAAAAGAAAAAGACCCCAUCAGAGACGACAAGCUCCAAAGCCGCCGCGAAAAAGACAAGCAAAGACGACAAAAAGAAAAAGGCUGACGAUGAAGAAGACUCUGAUUUUGGGUCCGAUUUUUCCGACGUCGACGAAGAGGAGGCCGGCGAAGCAGACGACGCUGAGCUUUUGGGAGAAGACAGUACUGAUUGCUGCUCGAUUUUUAUACGAUGCUCGUUCUAUUUGUGACCUCAAUGAGCCUUCCUGAUCCUGAGAUUGAGAUUUGUGCGAGAAUUGUGUGUAUACAAGCGAUCGUUAUAUGCUAUAUCAAAAUCUUCGCACUUUACAGUGGACGACGACGAUGAAGACGAAGAGGAGGACUCGGAGGACGAGGAUUUUCUCUCCGACGAAGAGCAGCGGGUCACCCGUAAGGAUAAACUGGUCGCCGCGAAGUCCGGGCUGCAGGCCCAGUUUUCCGCAACAAGGGGUCUGGAUUUCAAAGACGUAGGCACCGUGAUCAACGCCGACGCACCGAGAACCCUGCGCUCCUACGUGCACCGUGUCGGCCGCACGGCGCGAGGCAAAAACGACGGCACAGCGUUGACUUUAAUCGACGUGCACAGCGAGAGCCAACUGCGCAUGAUGCAGGCCAUUUCGGAAAACGCGGAGAAGCUCUUUGGUACAUAGAUGGGAGGACUUGUUUGAAUAUGAUCAAUACUGAAGUAUUUCAUGAUGCGAUAGUAGCGAUGUGAAAAUUUUACCCUGUCCGUGAUGAUUGUUGUGCCAUGGUAAAAACAACGUUUUCAUCAUCUUCCAGGGCGCGGUGCAAGCGGGGAAAACGGCAACCAAGUUCAGAGGCUUCCGUUCGACGUAUGCUCGAUUGAGCAGCUCCGCUACCGAGUCCGCGAUGUGGAGAAGCAGGUCACCAAGAAGGCGGUUACCGCCAUGCGGUUGCGCGAACUGCAGGCAGAGGCAGUCAACAGCCAGCGGUUAAAGAAGUACUUUGAGGAGAACCCCCAGGACCUCCGGGCAUUGCGCAUGUCCCAGCGAGACCUCAAGCAUAAACACAAGAAUUCGCACCUGAGGUACAGUUCAUAUUUCGUCCUUUCAAGUAGUACGCGUGUUUAAGUAGAAGUACUUCAUCUGUUGUUCGUCCUUGCAAACUAUUUGACUGCAUCAUUAGGCUACGUUUUCAGAAAGAGAAAAUUGUUGAAUUGUGAUAAAUACAAACAGAUAUCUUCCGGAGUACCUGGUUCCGAAAUCUCUCGCCGGCGCACAGGAGGACCCCGUCGCGAAGGCAGUAAGGGAAGCGAAGAGCACGGAGGGCGGCCCUGGUCGAGGCGGCGACAGCAUUUCAGGUGCGAACGACAAGAAGCGACGGAGACUGAUGUACAACGACGAGCUAAUCGCGCAGCAGCAGGCCAAGAACACCACCACCGCUUACCGCAAGCGCAAGGGCGGCAAGCCCGUGGUCACGACAGAGCAGAUGGCCAAGAUUUCUAUGCGAAAAGACAGCACUGCGGACCCAGAAACAUUGGCGCCCUUGUCCGGCAGAAAGAUAUGGAAGAUCAACCACGGCAAGCGACUGAAAAAGCAAGACCGCAGCGCCUUCGGUAUGGGUGGAAGGAAAUACGGCCGUGCUGCGAAGCGACGCGCAAAGAUCUUUCAUGGGAUCAAAUGAUAGUGAAAUCACUUCACGUAAUCGCUGAUGACACGAUCAUUUGUUCAGUGCAAACGAACACGGUGUUAACCGAAUAGCUGUGAUGAAAUUGAAAAAUCGCUUGAUUAUCACUCUGAAAGAGGUUGUCUUCCUGCGGUGUGGCCCGGGCUACGUACUUACUAGAAUAGUGUUCGCGAUCUUGAUCUUGGUCCACUCAGUUGUUGUCUUGCAUGUCGUGGUGGUUGUGCUUUUCAUCUUGUUUACCUGAUUUAUGGUUUCCUUUGGUUAGUUCAGGCUCC